CCCUGGAGGAAACGCAUCAGGUUCAUGCAUUAUGUCAUAAAAGGCGAGCAGGAUGGAGAAGUCCGAGGGAGAGAGCGCAGGUUUGAGGGCGGUGCCAGCGAAGGCUCGGCAUCUGAUUGGCUGCUGCGUACUCCUACUCUUGGCAUUGAUGCUUGUCUCCAUCGCGACCACAAGCACACCUGUGUCAGAGAAACUCCCAUCCAGUCUAACCAAACGGGACUUUGGUUUCUUCCCGACACAUGCAGGCUUACAACAAGCUUCAUUAUCCUUAUCGCAAUACUCAGAAAACCCCAGACACAAAGUUCAUACAUCAUCAGAUGCCAAGCAUCCUGCACACCCUGUUCGCCAUAGCAAUGCAUCCAGCAUAGCUCCCACCCCAUCCCUAGGUGCUGAUGGUGGGUCAGGUAACCUAGGUGAUAGUGCCCAUGGCAUUCACCUGCUGCUACGCCCACCGGACCUUCUCACACCAAGUCAGAUGCCUCCUCUUCAUGGUCACAGCCCACCUACACCAGCUCCUCCUACUUUGCUCACACAUGAAGACUUGGACCCUGCUCAGUCUACAGAAGUGGACUGGGGUUCUGGGGAUUACCUGGAGACUUUAACCUUCAUGGGCUCUGAUGGGGAGGACUUUUCUCUGGUCACCACCCUUCCCACACAUGGAUAUGACUUGUAUGAAUCUGAGGACGACAACGCUGGAGUCCGCUACGACACCGACUUUCCAUCCCGGCCCGUUCUAACCCUCUCCUCUAGGCAUCUCCUCCCAAGUGUAACUCUUGGAUAUGGAACUAGCCUAAGGACUGCCCACCCCUUUGAUCCCCGCCUCCCCCAUGUCCCCAAUACUCCCCAGGAUGAUCUGGAUUUUGACUGGGCAGAAAUGUACCCUAUUGAGCCCACUGAAAUGCUGCUUCCUGAUAUGAACAGUAUGGAGUACUACAACACGCUACUGGCCAAAGAGAAUGCUAGUGCUGCUCGUAACCAGACACACCUGACUCCCCCUCAUAUCACUCCUACAGCAACCCACACACAACCUUCAGGUUCCACGCACACACUUGCCCCUUCUCUGGGUGUGGACCCUCGGACAGUAAUAGACCAAGUGGAUACACCUCAUCCCAUACCUGGAGUUACCCCCACCCCUCCACAAAAACCAACUAUACACAGAAUUUCUCCUACAGAGCAUCAGCAACCUGCUGAAGUACCUUCUUACCCAGGGAAGGAGUCUCCUUAUCCAGCUUUACCAGACACUAAGACAGGUAGUGAGCAACCCUCAGCCCCACCAGUUGUCCCACGGGGUCCAGUCAUCCAGGCUGUAACAGUUAAAAUCCCUUCUGCUCACAAACCGCAGCCACCUACCAGAGCCACAACUACCACUACAACUACAACAACCACUGUGUCCACCAAACCAAUACCCCCUGCUCCUAGAAUCCCUCUUUCCAUUGCACCCCGGCAAUAUGUCUGCAACAUCACUAAGCAAGACAUGUACCUGGUCAGAGUGGGCAUGCCAAGUACAACCUCGGUGGCAUUUGCAAAAGCUCAUGUGAAGGAGAUUUUGAGAUGGGAGCUCAACCGGACAGUAGAGCUGCAGGUCCUUAAAGCUCCGCCCAAUUUUGUUUUCCGGGUCGUGUCUGGCCCACUCAUAUACACUGCUGUGUCUAUCAUCAACAUCCUCCGCCAAUCAACACGCAGCACCUCGUCCUCCACCAUCCUCACUGUUACACCCAUAUACCCCGUACCUGAAUACAUCAAUCAGGUCCACUCAGUUUUGCAGUUUGUGCCGAGCCACGUGGACGUGCGUGUGUGCAGCUUCAGUGAGCGUGUGGAGAGGGGGCUCCUCAUGGCUUAUUCAGAAGUGUGCAAGAGACUGCAGGAGAACAGAAACUUCACUGUACAUAUCUUGAACAUCACCAUCAGUUUGGCAAAAGGCCAGAAGCAGCAAAAAACUCCAGUGGACAUCACGUUCGCCAUCCGCGACUCUCACGGCUACAUCAGGGGCGCCGACGUCAGUGCUCACCUGAGACAACUGCAUGUGGUGGAGUUCAGCUUCUACUUGGGGUUUCCUGCAGUGCAGAUUGCAGAGCCUUUUCAUUACCCGGAACUGAAUGUAUCUCAUCAUUUGCGGUCGUCCUGGGUGAAGACAGUGUUACUGGGUGUGUUAGAUCAGCGUGUGAGUGAGAGGACGUUCCAGGUGAAAAUGGAGAGGAGACUGGCUGUGUUGGUGGGGGAGGGGCUUGGAUUCAGCGGUGGGCGUCGCUGGAGACGAGCAACCACUGUGGGCAACAACAGCGUACAGAUUGUACAAGCUUCACGCCUGGAUGGGGCAGAUAACCCUCUCGAGCUGGUGUAUUUUGUGGAGGCGGGGUCAGGAGAGAGGCUCUCGGCCCAGGCCACUGCUGCCAUGCUGAACAGACUUAACCUGCAGAGGGCAGCCAUUGUGUUGGGCUACCGCGUGCAUGGAAUACUGGCUACACCGGUGGAGAAGUUAUCCUUGACCCCCUCUGAGACACAGCCCAGUAAUGUGUGGCUGAUCGUUGGGGUGGUGGUCCCCGGGGUGGUGGUUCUCAUCAUCAUCAUCAUCCUCUACUGGAAAUUGUGCCGCUCUGAGAAACUGGAGUUCCAACCAGACGCCAUGAGCACCAUCCAACAGAGACAGAAGGUCUGGGUCGAACCAUUUCACAGUCUCCAGGCCCCAAGUGUGAAAGGCUUUGACUUUGCCAAGCUCCACCUUGGACAGCAUAGUAAAGAUGACAUCAUGGUGAUCCAAGAACCCUCCCCUAUGCCACCAUCUGUCAAAGAGGCCACACCCUCUGAAGGCGGAGAACUGAACACACCCAAAUCCAAAAGCUCUUCCACCAAAGUGUCACGUGCAGCUCAAAGGAGGAGCAGAUUGUCUCCAUCCGAUGGUGAUUCAUUGGCUAGUGAGGCAUCCAGUGGCCGAGAGUCAGCAGAGGAAAGCACCAGACCUGCAGUUACACCCAGUGACAGCAAACCUCAUCACCGCAAGAGCAAACAUGCGAAGAACAAACUUGGUGCAGCAUCGGGCAGCGGAGCUGAUGAACAGUUAUCUUCCUCCUCCAUUUUUGACCAUGUGGAUCGGCUGUCGCGAGGUUCGUCUGAUGGAACGCGCCGGGUCUCGAAUAAGGUCCAGUUGAUCGCCAUGCAGCCUGUACCGAGCCCGCCCUCUCAUUUACAUAACCAAGCCCUAAGCCCCGCCCUCAGUGAAAGGAUGCUGGAUGGAGGCAAGGUUAGCUCGGAGAUUCAGGUUGCUCUCAGGCACAAGUCUGAGAUCGAGCAUCACCGCAAUAAGAUACGACUUCGGGCCAAGAGAAAAGGCCACUACGAAUUUCCAUCCAUGGAAGACAUUAUAGCGGUGUUCGGGGACAGCUCAGAGCAGCACAGGGUGUACCAGCAAGCCCAGGAGCAAAUACACAAGAUCCUGCAUCCUGAUACACAUACACAUUCAUCCAACGGAGAGCCUCACAGGAGAGGCAGACGUUCUCCCAGGCAGCAUCAAAGGCAGAAUAUGAGUGGAAACAGCAGCCUGACUGAUAAAGACCGUCUCAUUACUGACGGCGAUGCCACGUACAGGAAGUACCCGGGAGUCAACAAUGUGGCCUACAUGUCAGAUGCAGAUCAGCUCCCUGAUGUCGGUAGCCCCUCCCCGACUGAUGAGGUAUUUGUUGACCCGGGGUCUCCACCUCCUGGCCCCGCCCCUGCUCCGCCUGCUUAUGUUCCACCUCAGCCAACCAUUGAAGAGGCACGUCAGCAAAUGCACUCACUCUUAUAUGAUGCAUUUGCGUUGGUCUCACCGUCCUCACAGAGUAGCUCCGCCCCAUUGAACCUCACUGGGGUUACGACAGUUCCUGGAGUGGAAGGGGUCAGUCCUGGUCUGCCCUCUAGUCCACCUCCGCGUUCCGUCCGCCAGUGGGGCUCAUCAUCCUACCCAGCAGCCCCUGCACACAGUCCUUUCUCAGCAAGGUAUGCUGAAUUAGGAAUGUCUCCUACAUCUGUGCAAAACUUAUUGCAGAGGCAGGCGCUGGGUUCUGGAUACCUGGCAUCAGGAGAGCUCCAGUCUGAUCCAGGUUACUCAGGCAGGGGGCAGUAUGGAGAUGAUAUCCCAUCCUCCUCCUCCCGACCACGACCUGUAGGGGGCAGCACAGGUGCACAUUUACAUCAGCUGACACAGGUUGGCUUGUCCAGUCGGAUUGGUGUGUACCCCGGAGUGGUGGGACGCAGUGUGUCUGGGCCCUCAGGAUCCAGCUGGGCUCAGUACCGGCCAGAUGAUGAAGCCUCCAGACCUGGAAACAACCGAGAGCCUCAGAUCCUGUCGUUUCCUGAGUACUCAUCUCCCGUGUUCCAGAUGCCCAGGUCAUCCCUGAGAGACCCUCCGACGCCCACAGCAGGCUACACCGGCCCAGAGGAAGCCUCUCCACCUGUGCAGUCCUCAGCCUCACUUAUCAAGGCCAUCAGGGAGGAGCUGCAAAGACUUUCCCAGAAACAACCAGCCAUGGCUGGUUACCACAGCUGAGAAACACCGUAACUAACCCAAACACUGGCUAAACUCCACCGACAGCUGGUCGCUGAACUAGCUGAUUUUAAACAUGCUACCUAAUCCCUCACUGAAAACACGCACCAGAGCCAAGGUUUGUUUGAACCCUAUUUCUAUCCAUAUACAGCAGGCUGGACUGAUACACAAAGAGAUACCACUGCUAAGGUAUAGUACAUGGACCAUGUGGAUUAACCUGAGGGGGGAAAAAAACACCCGGCAUAUCACAGAUCAAACAUUAGUAACUUAAAAUACAACAAGUCACCUCACCCACAAAAUAUCCAAUAGAAGCUCUUCUCUCCUAAAUUGCAUGCUAUUUGAAAUAGUGAAACGGAAGAAAAAAAAAGACUUGUUUGUGAUUUUUUUUUUUAUUUACUUUUUUUU